AUGUCAAAUAAUCCCGUCAGGGUCAAGUCGGGCCUCGAGGAGUACGAGCGGGAAGAUAAUGGCCGACCCUCAUUCUUCCUCACCACAAAGGAGAUAAAGCUUCUCAGUAUCACUGGAGUCGGCUUUUUCCUCGAUGCCUACGACUUGUUCAUCAUCAACCCGGUGGCCACCAUGCUGCAAUACCGCCUCUAUGGCGGCGCCUCCCUUCCAGCUGGCCUCGAGGGCUUCCUCAAAGCAAGUGCAAAUAUCGGGAGCGUAGUCGGGCAGUUUGCAUUUGGGUACGCUGCGGAUUACUUUGGCAGAAAGGCAGUCUACGGCAAGGAGCUCAUGCUGAUCAUCUUCGCGACUAUCCUUUGCAUCUCCGACCCCACCGGCGACCUCUCCCCCUCCGGCUCGCUCAUCUGGUUAUCCAUAUUCCGUAUUGUCCUUGGAAUUGGGAUCGGGGGCGAUUACCCUAUGUCUGCGUCAGUGACAACUGACCGCGCCAACUUGCGCCGGCGCGGGACAAUGCUCGCGUACAUUUUCGCAAAUCAGGGCUGGGGCUCCCUGAUUGGUUCGCUGAUGUUCAUUAUCGUGCUCGCAUGCUACCGCAACGUCAUCGAAGUCCAGGGUGAAACGAGCAAGGUCGAUGGAGUCUGGCGUAUUCUCGUCGGGCUCUCGCUUGUCCCCGCAUUUGCGACGCUCUACCAGCGACUGACCCUUCCCGAAUCCGUGCGCUUCCAGGCCGCGAAGAAGGGCGUGGAUCUCGAGGCGGACUCGAUCGACGAGCUCAAGAAGAAGGCGGACGCAGAUCCGGGUGUGCAGGAGAACGUACAACCUGUUGACCCCGCAGUCUCUCCCUCCGCGACCGUGUCCUCUGUGUCGGCGCCCGCGGACGCGGCGAAGGGCAAGCCCGCGGGGCAGCCCAAGAGCGCAUACUUCCGUGAGUACGCGGCAUACUUCUCCGAGUGGCGUCAUUUCAAGAUCUUGUUCGCAACGUCCGGUUGCUGGUUCCUGCUCGAUAUUGCCUUCUACGGUGUGAACCUUAACCAGAACGUCGUGCUCGAGCAAAUAGGGUUUGCGGGCAAGUCUGGCUCGCCGUGGAACCGCCUAUUCAAGAUCGGCCUCGGUAACCUGAUUGUGACGGGCCUCGGGUUCCUGCCCGGAUACUAUGUAACUAUCCUCACAAUUGAGAAGCUUGGCCGGAAAUGGAUCCAGAUCCAGGGGUUCCUUCUUGCUGCAUUCUUCUUGGGUAUCCUCGCCGGCAUGUUCCACACAUUGAGCACGGCGGCCUUCAUCGUGAACUUCGCACUCCUGCAGUUCUUCUUCAACUUCGGGGCGAACGCUACCACAUACUGUUACCCUGCAGAAGUCUUCCCUACACGCUUUCGUGCGUCUGCGCACGGCAUGUCCGCUGCGUGCGGUAAGGCCGGCGCGAUUGUCUCCGCGCUCGCGUUCAACAGCCUCAGUCAAUCGAUCGGUACACCUGCCGUGCUGUGGAUCUUCUUCGGCUGCUGUCUCGUUGGUGCCGCUCUCUCGCUUCUCUUGCCCGAGGUCCGUGGGCGCGACCCAGACAUCAUUUACGCUGAGGAGCUGCGACAAGCGGCAGCACAAGGACAGUAGUUCAUGCUAUUCACGGACACUGACUGGCAAUGGAAACGAUGUACCGAUAUAUAAUGACACAGAACAUGCUCAAAGCUAACCAGAUAUGAGUACGUAUUGUAGAAGUACGCCAUAUUAAUAGAAUACAAAAUUUGGUA